GUCGACUUACGAUCAUGAUAGGGUCGAUGUGAAGACUUCAUCGAGGAGUCCUCACUUAAGAGCAUUUUUUUAUCUAUAGAAACAGCAGCACCUCCGCUUCGUUGCCCCCGUAACCUAAUGGUACUAGUAGUAGAGACCACGUGGUGGAGACUAUAAUUAUGCUGCGGCGAAGAUCAUAUUAUAAUCAUGAUGUUGUGUGGUCUUCGUUGUAGAAGACGAAGACGAAGACGAUCAACUUGUAGAUUAUCAACACGACUGCUUUCGGAUAGGAAAUGCAGAUAGGCUUAGCCAAGAUCAAAAAUGGGCUGUAACGAGGAACGCCGUUAAUUGCGGACGCACAAUGCACUCGCAACAUACUUUUUCUACAUGCUUGCAGUCAGAAGUGUACGCAUAAGAGAUUCAUUGGAGGAAAUGAACAGGAGAUAUUGGUAGAUAGGGAACACCUCGUCGCGGUGUAACGCAGACGCGUCGAUUUUCUUGAAGAGAUACAUCGAAGAAGUGUUCAAUCCAAUCUGAAGGACGAAAAGCACUUUGUUUCGGUCUUCGUGGUCCACCUUUUUUUGCAAGUCAGAAAACCGUCGUGCGAAUCUGUGUGAAGCAUGCUGUUUAGCUGAAAAGAGAAACAGAAAUCUGAGUGUUUUUAAUACUUAGUUUGAAGCUGAGAUCUUUUUCCGUUUCCAGCGCCAGCUGUAUGACAGAUCAUUUUGAAAACUUUAAUGAUCGAGGGAUGGAAGACGAGUGGCGGCGGCUGCGAAUAGAGGUUAUAUUCUGAUCGCGGCUAUCAGCUUCUUAGCAGUAAUUGAUAUGACCAUCAUAGAUACCUAAAAGUGAUAACAAAGUAUUUCAUAGGAAAGACGUAUUACUCAACAAUAGUAGCGAAGUGAUUCGAAGUUAUUCUUGCAAUAGUCGGUUUUAGUCGUGUGCAGCUGCUCCAGCUAGUAAUAGAAAAAACGUAAAUAGCGGACGUCUUUACAGCUUAAUAAGCUAAGUUCUUAAGGAACAUGAAUUAUUCAGAGCGCUAUCUGAAAACGAUAUGCUUAGCCACAAGGGAGGGACCUACUGUACUUGUCUUCGUGUGUUGGACGGGUCGCCAUCCCGUAUCACAAAUGCAACUACGAACAUCUCACAUGUAAAUAUUGUCCCAUGUGGUUAAAAAUACAAAUCCAAACGUCAGGCGGCAGCACUUACUUCUUCCUAUAGGAGUAAACGCAGCAUGCCCAGAUCGGCAGGGGAAAGUAGGUAAAACGAGAUCAGAAGUGUUUUGACAGCGCAGCAGCGCUUGGUCAAGAACAUUUACAGUGUAAAUUCUUCCCUGGUACUGGCUUCUUGUACUUUCGUUCCGUCAAAAUUUC